CAAUUCACACAGUCGCUGUGAAUUGAUAUUUGGCAAUUAGGAAUAUCAACAGCAAUUGUUUUUAAACGUAUUCGGUGGUCGACAAAAUGAGAUCAAGAAGUCGAAGUAGAUCCAGAGGAAAGCACGAUUCACGAUCUCGUGGCCGUGAUGAUGAUAGCCGAAACAAGAAAAGAUAUAGUGAAAGUAGCUCCAGUUCAAGUCGUUCGUCAUCGUCGUCAAGUCGUUCAAGUGAAGAAAAUCGAUCGAAACAGCCCGACAGACGGCAUCGAUCCAAAUCGAAUGGCGACCGAUUCCAAGGAUCAUCGUCACGCAGAGACCGUUCUUCCUCAAGAGAAAAACGGAAUCGUCGACAGAGACGAAGCCGGUCAAAUUCCCGAUCGAACAGACGACGAAGUAGAAGCCGUAGCAUAGAGCGGCAAAUGAAUCGCCAAAAAAGCCGCAGUAAAAGUCGUGAUAGCAAAAUGACCGCAGCAAAUGUCGAACGUUGGCCAAAUGAUAAGUUUUCUGAAAAUAAUCGCAGAAGAGAUGCAUCAUAUCGGCGUCGUGACGAUACUGUUGGAAGAGGUGACCGAAGAGACGACCGAAUGGCCAAUGAAAAUCGUAGACGCCAUGGUCUGGGCUAUGAUAAAUCAACUAAACGGCAAUUCGAACAAGAUAUCAUGGAUACACGGCGAACAAAACGUGAGGUCAUUGGAAGGGAAGGUACAGCGAUUGUCUGGGGCCGAUCACCAUCACCAUCCGAAAUAUAUGUAUCGUCAGAUGAUGACGAAAGUCAAAAAGACGACAAAAAAUCAAAUAAGAAAAAGAAAAAGGAUGACAAAUCGAAGAAAAAAUCGAAGAAAAGUAAGAAAUCGAAGAAGACCAAAAAGGUUAAAAGCAAAAAGGACAGCAAAAAGAAGAAGAAAAAGAAGAAGGUGUCUAGCUCGAGUGACAGUAGCGAUGAUAGUAGCGAAUCGGAUGUAUCUGAGGCUGAAGGAGACGUUUGGGUCGAGAAGAAUGCUCAUGCGGAAUUCAAAAAACCGGAUGCCGUCAAAUCCAAAUCGAAAAAAGGCGAAAAAGAUGACGGUGACGAUGAAUCACAAGUUGGUCCAUCUCUUCGAAACACAUCUGGACUGUCACACAAAGACUUUGGUCAUGCUCUGUUGCCCGGUGAAGGUGCGGCUAUGGCGGCGUUCAUUGCUGAAGGCAAACGUAUUCCAAGAAGAGGUGAAAUCGGUUUAACUUCCGAAGAAAUUGCAACAUUCGAACAGGUUGGCUAUGUGAUGAGCGGUAGUCGGCAUCGGCGUAUGGAAGCCGUUCGUAUUCGUAAGGAAAAUCAAAUCUAUUCAGCGGACGAGAAACGAGCAUUGGCCAUGUUCAGCAAAGACGAGCGGCAAAAGCGUGAAAAUAAGAUUCUGUCUCAAUUUAAAGAAAUGAUUGCAUCGAAACUCAGCCAAGAUAAAUGAUUAAAUUAUAACCAAAAGUAAUUAAAGGGAAAUUAACUAGAUUAAGGUUUUGUUUUGUAUUUAGGAACCCUCACGAAAAUAAAAACUUGAAUAAAAAUAAAAUAUGAUACACCAGAAA